CCUGUUCCCGAGAAAUUAAGAAAAAAAAAAGAAAAAAAAAAAAGAGAUUUUGUGAAUUUACCUGUGCGUGAAAACUCCAAGAAAAUAAAAAAGUUUUUUUUACACAAAAAAUGGCUGGAACGAAAGGACUUGACUCAGCGCGAUUAGAAAGACAAAUUGGGUGCAUUAAGUACACGAUAUUUUCUCUCAAUGCAAUUCUAUGGAUUUUAGGGGCUGGAAUGUUUGGUCUAGCCGUUUGGUUGCGCGUUGAACCUGGUUUCCAAGAAUGGGUUGAUUUUCUAGACAUAGGUGAUUAUUAUAUCGGCACAUAUAUAUUAAUAAUUGCCGCAGUUAUUGUUAUGAUAAUUGCAUUUUUUGGAUCGGCUGCUGCGUUAAUGGAAAGUCCUCUAUUUCUCUAUAUCAAUAUUGGACUCCACCUGUUUGCAUUUGUCUUCGGAUUAGCUGGCGCCGCAGUUUUGUUGGAUUACUCGACUUAUGACAGCAAAAUCCAACCAAUAAUCCAUCGAUCGAUGACGUCAUUAAUUAUUAAUUCACAAUAUGAAAGACCGUCACAAAUUUUAAAACUCGUCCAAGAAAAUAUCGGUUGCUGUGGCGCUGAAGGACCGAUGGAUUAUUUAGAUUUAUUGAAGCCAUUGCCUACAGAAUGCCGAGAUACCGUAACCGGAAAUGCAUUUUUUCAUGGGUGCGUUGAUGAAUUGACUUGGUAUCUCGAGUCGAGAUCCGGGUGGCUCGCUGGUCUAGCACUCGCUCUUUGUAUGUUACAUAUUGUACAAGCGGUUUUGUCAUUAAUAUUAAUCCAGGCCAAACAAAAGGAAGACGAUGCUGUAAUUUUUAAGCGUUAGGGUAAAAAAAAAUAUACAGAUAAUUAUAAUAAUUUUUUUUUUAUUAUAAAUAUAAUCAAGUACAUUAAAAAUUUUUUAUCGGAUUUAUAUAUAUGUAGAUUGAUAGAAAAUCAAAUUCUCUUUAAAACGAGUACCCACAAGCUAUACUUAUUUUUGAUAUUUUUCAAAACAUAUAUUUAUGAAUAUAUAUAUCAAAGUAUUGAAUUAUCUUAAAUAUAUAUGGCAUGUGUGUACUCAUUUUAAAGGGCAUAAAAUUCUCUUUAAAAUGAGUACCCGCAAGCCGUACUUAUUUUUGAUAUUUUUUAAAACAUACAUAUAUAAAUAUAUAUAUCAAGUUUUUGAAUUAUCGAAAAUAUAUAUGGCAUGUGGGUACUCAUUUUAAAGGGCAUGAA